AUGCGUUUCACGUCCGCCAUUGUCGCCGGCUCCCUAGCUGUUGCCGCCAGCGCCCAGUCCACCACCGCAAGCCUGAGCCCCGCUCAAACCUCGCAGGUAGCCUGCAUCGAGGAGUGUGACGCCGACGACCUCGCCUGCAUCGCGCGCUGCAGCCCUGUCCCCAACCCCAACGAGGACCAGGUCGAGGCCACCCACGAAUGCAUCAGCAAGUGCUACGACGAGCACGACGAGGGCACCGCUGAGAGCAUCGAAGCCUUCUCUCAGUGCCAGGACCUCUGCAUCGCUGCCGACUACUGGAACUCCACCGAGGGCACCCCCAAGCCCACUGGUGCCGUUGGCGGCGGUAGCAGCGACGAGGAGGACGAGGAGGACGAUUCCUCGAGCGAUGCCGCCAACCCCUCCGCCGUGACCACUGUCGCCACUGGCACCGCCACCGUGACCGAGACUGAGACCGGCACCGCCACCAUGUCGGCCACCGAGUCUGGCGACGACGAGUCUGCCACCGAGACCACUGGCGCCGACGACGCUGAGGAGACCGGCGCUGAUGGCGAGGAGGCUGACGGCGAGGGUGCCGACGGCGAGGGUGCUGCUGCCGGCCUCUUCGCCAAGACGGCCGCCAUUGUCGGCGCCUUUGCUGCCGUCUUUGCUCUGUAA